AUGAAGGACCUUGACAUUAGCGCAUCAGAAGAACUGGACUUGCUUGUGAAAUACUUGGGCCCUAGCUCAACCCCUCAGGCGAUAAGCGUUAGAUCAUCGAAUCCAACAGAUCACCAGAGAGGACGGCUUCGAAUAUGGAAUCGACUAAAUGACCGAUAUGGCAGCCCACAAGUGAUAGAGGCUGCACUUAAGCGGAAACUUGAAAACUUUGCUAAAAUCGGUGUUAGAGAAAAGGAGAAACUUUACGUACUCUCGGAUAUUCUCUCAGAGAUUGAGUCAGCGAUGGAGGACCCCCAGCUUAGAGACUUGUUAUCGUACUUUAACACUUCCUCUGGUACAACGCCUAUUGUCGCAAAGUUACCGCCAUCUCUGCAGUCCAAAUGGAGAGACAGAGCCGUGAAAUAUAAGAACAGACACAAGGUGGCUUUUCCUCCCUUUAGAGAGUUCAGUGAAUUCAUUCGUGAACAGAGUAUUAUCUGGAACGACCCUGGAUUUGUAUUCACAUGCAACCCGCAGCCAGUUCAGACAGGAAACAGGGGACUCAGUGUAAAUAACAGGAAAACAGCUGUGAGAGACUCUAUCAAUUCUGUGGGAUCAAAGUGCCCUAUACAUAAUGCAGAUCAUAGCUUACAGGACUGUAAGGGAUUUCUAAAGCUCUCUAUGACAGAAAGGAAGAAGUUCUUGCGAGACCGCAAUCUGUGUUUCAAGUGUUGUGAGUCUACGAAUCACCGCGCAAAGGACUGUAAUGUGCCGGUUAAGUGUAGAGUGUGCUCGAGUGAUAAACAUUCCACAGCACUGCAUGUCGGUGUUACCCAUAGGACUCAAAGCAAUCCUGAGCCUUUGGUCAGUGAAGCAGCUGAGCUCCAUGGCGGGGAGCCACAAACCUCUUUGUGUACAGAAGUAUGCGGACCAGGAUUUUCUGGGAAAUCCUGUGGGAAAGCGGAACCUGUGCGUGUUUACUCCGCUGACACACCUCAGAACUAUUAUCAUACUUACGCUCUUAUUGACGACCAGAGCAAUAGGACACUUGCUCGUUCUAAACUCUUUGAUGCUCUGUGUAGCCCAAAGACACAAGACUUACAAGAAGUACACCAUGUGCUGGAACAGAAGACGGGGCCAAGGACUGCUCCAUUUGCCCAGCGGCUACCACUCGGUUGGGUAGUGAUUGGUAACGUUUGUCUAGGAGAUACAUGUACACCAACAACUGUAGCUAGCGUCAACAAAACUACAAUCCUGAGUAGUGGACGACUAUCUGCAUUUGAACCAUGUGAUAAUCACUUAGCUGUUUCAAUAAAUACUGGGAAAGGUGACAGAAUUGGACAGGAUGUGUUUGUUCGGACAAAGGAUGACGAGAAUGAGGGAUACUCUGUCGAGGACCGACGGUUCAUGAAAAUCAUGGAUAAGGAGUUUAAGAAAACACCAGAUGGUCAUUGGGAAGCCCCAUUACCGUUUAAGGAGUCACGUUCCGCUUUACCCAAUAAUAGAGAGGAAGCGCUGAAACGUGCGCGGAUCCUACAGAAGAGUCUUCAACGAGACCCUGUGAAACGAGACCAUUUUCGCACUUUCAUGACAAAGCUGCUACAGAAUGGACAUGCAGAAGUGGCGCCACCACUUGAUGCAGAACAAGAGUGCUGGUAUCUACCGUUAUUCGGAGUGUACCAUCCACGGAAAAGGGACCAGGUUAGAGUGGUUUUCGAUUCUUCCGCUAAUUACAAGGGAAUCUCACUAAACGCUGUUUUGAUGUCAGGACCUGUGCUUAUGAACAGUCUAGUUGGUGUCCUACAUCACUUCCACAAGGAGCCAGUUGCUGUAAUGGCAGAUAUACAUGUACAGCAGAUGUUUUAUGGAUUUUUCGUGACAGAGAAUCAUCGCAAUUUCUUGUGUUUCUUUUGGCACCGGGACCAUGAUCCCCACAAAGAGCUACUUGAGUAUAGGAUGUGCGUCCACGUUUUUGGAAAUUCCUCUUCUCCGGCGGUUGCGACCUAUGGUCUCCGUCGUUGUGUGGAACAGUCUGAGGAUCCGGAAGUGAAGGAAUUUGUUAACAACCAAUUCUACGUGGACGAUGGUUUGGCAUCCUUCCCAACAGAAGAGGAAGCUAUAAGUGUAUUACAGAAGACACGAGAGACUCUGUUUCAAGAGGGACAACUUAAGCUCCAAAAGAUAGCGUCCAACAGUAAGACUGUUAUGAACAGCUUUUGCACAGAGGACUUAGCAAGUGACUUAAAAACUUUAGAUAUUGCUAAGGCUGACUUACCUUUGCAGCACAGUCUUGGGCUGGUCUGGGACCUCAACACAGACACAUUCACAUAUCAAGUGCGGGACGAUGAGAAGCCAUUUACCAGGAGAGGCGUGCUGUCUGUGGUCAAUAGUCUAUUUGACCCCCUCGGAAUGAUCGCACCAGUCGUACUCCAGGGAAGGAUCCUGAUGCGUGACUUGAUAGCUGAGACUAUAGAUUGGGACGACCCAUUACCAGAGUGUCGCAUAAAGGACUGGAGGAAUUGGAAGGACUCUUUAAAAUCUCUGGAACAUCUUCAGGUUCCCAGAUGUUUACUUCAGCAUUCCUACGAGGACAGUGAUGUGAAACGUUUGCAUGUGUUUUCAGAUGCCUCAGAGCAAGCGAUUGCUGCUGUCGCAUUCCUGCAAGCUAUUGACAAUAAUAGAACCAUUCAUAUAGGCUUCACAUAUGGGAAAUCCAAGAUAGCACCAAAACAUGGCCACACCAUACCGAGGCUCGAACUCUGUGCGGCAGUGUUGGCUGUUGAAGUCGGUGAGAUGGUAUCUCAACAUCUCGGACUGGAAUUGAGUGACAUUCGGUACUAUUCAGAUAGUCGAGUGGUAUUAGGAUAUUUACAGAAUACAAGUAGACGGUUCUACAUUUACGUCAGCAACCGUGUUGCAAGGAUCCACAGGUCAUCUCAACCUGAUCAGUGGAACUACAUAAGGACCGAGAUAAAUCCUGCAGACUCAGGAACAAGAAUCAUGUUGGCAUCUCAACUUCAGGAUAGUUCAUGGCUGAAAGGUCCGGACUUCUUAUACACAGAAACUAAGUCUGAUUUGAGUGCAGGUUUUCAUCUUGUCAACCCUGAGAGUGAUCGAGAGAUUCGUCCUGAGGUUACUACAUGCAAGACCAACACGGAUGGCAUGGAAAAAGUAGGAUAUCUCAGAACAUCUCGUUUCAAGCGAUUUUCCAGUUGGAAAUCUCUCUUAUCUGCAAUAAGAGUGUUGCUGCGAUUUGCAACAAAGUUCAGAAAGAAGAACAAAGAGACUAAAACUAAUGACACAGAACUUAUCAAGCAGGCAGAGAACCAAAUUGUUAGAGCAGUGCAGCUAGAUACCUACCCUAGAGAGACUGAAGCUCUAAUGGAUGGCAGACCCAUACCGCGGACAAGCUCCAUUCUAAAGCUUGCGCCCUUUAUAGAUGACGAAGGGAUCAUAAGAGUGGGAGGUAGACUCCAGGAUAUCAGACCUACCAUAUCGUGA